AUGGGAGAAGAGCUGAAAAAAGAAACCAUAAUUGAUCUCUCUGAAUAUUACAAAACAAAAAUCAGGGUAAGUUUGGUCGGAGGAAGAGAGCUUACAGGUAUUUUAGGUUCAUAUGACAAAAUUCCUAAUGUCGUAUUAGAAGAUACUGUCGAAGACUACAAUGGAAAUACCCGUGAGCUCGGCAUUGUAAUUGUGAGAGGCCAAAUGAUAACUGCAAUAAUGCCAGACCAAGUUGAAGAGACAGAAAAUCCAUUUACUAAUAAAUAG